AUGGCGAAUAUUGCAGGUGAUGUAAGUUCUCUUAGUUGGUGGGACUUGUUCAUAAAUUACGGCAUUGCAGAGUGCUUUGCCUUUCUUGUUUGUACAAAGUGGUCUAAUCCAGUGAUUCAUAGAAAUUUUCAAACACGAGAAGCCAGCUCAUCUUCUGCGACAAUUAGAUAUCUUGACUGGAACAGUGGAUUAAUGGUUUCCUCAGAGGAUCAGUCCCAGGAUAGAAUGUGUGGUCUGCAAGACAUUGGCGGCCAUAUUAUGAAAAUUCCAAUUAUUGGUUUCCAAGUCCUCCUCUGUAUGCGGCUGGAGGGAACACCUGCUGGUGCUAGAUAUAUCCCUCUUCCUAUUCUGUUCUCUCCUCUUUUUCUGUUACAUGGAGUUGGGGUCCUGUUUGCUGGCUCGAGAUUGGUGGAGAAAAUUGUUCUUUUACUACACAGUGGAGUUGGCACAGGAAUAUAUUUUAUGUUUUCUUCAAGAGUUCGUGACUGUUUUGGGUUCUUGCACCAUGGCUCUAGGCUACUCGGUUGGUGGUCCAUUGAUGAAGGAAGUCGGGAGGAACAAGCCCGAUUUUUCCAUGGUGGGACCUCUGGUUAUAACACUUUUUGUGGUUACCCUCCUGAAAUAGUGAAGAAAAUGCCUAAGAAGGAUCUUGCUGAGGAGGUUUGGAGACUUCAAGCAGCUCUCGGUGAACAAACAGAAAUCACUAAAUUCAGCCAGCAGGAGUAUGAAAGGCUUCAAAAUGUAAAUUUCUUUAUCUUGACUUUUGGGUUCACAAAAUGCAGUGUGGGUGCUACAAAUAUAUGA